UAGAGGACAUAUAUUUGGGAAUUUCCGUGUUAUUUUCAUAAAAUAGGAAAAGAAGAAGACCGAAGAGUUUUAAGCCUCUGUUGAGAGCGAAACAUAAAAGGGGAAUUCAGAUUUUUCUUACGAUUUAACGGUUUAGAUCUAAUAUUACAAUGGAAGCUGUUCGAACCUCAAAACUAAACAUGUUGACCAGAUUGAAAUUUUAUGGAAAAAUUGAUGAAUCCGAGGAUGAAAAGGAGGAGAGGCGCAUUGCAAAGCAGGCACAACUUGGUGUCUGGUUGAAGAUGAAAGUUGAAGAAAGAUUGUUGGGUGUUGAGUACAGCGACACUGACGAGGAGGAAACUAAACCUCCGAAACAACGGCUUAAAAAUGUUACGCCGUUUGAAUUUGGAAAAAGACGGCCUGUCAUUGGUCAGUUGAAGCUGCGGAUGGAAACAAAAGACAGGGUAAUAAUCCUAACUGAUGUUAUGAUCAUCCUUCCCAAGGCAGAAGAAGAAGGCCAAGGUGAUGAAGGCAAAGGUGGAGAAGGCCAAGGUGAAGAAGGGAGAGGUAGAGAAACCAUUGCUGCUGGUACUCUUGAAACCCAUGCUAACGGGUUCAUAUACAAGGCCUCCAAUUUCCGUAAGCACUUUUACUUUCACGAUAUUAAAAAAUCCUUCUUCCGUCUUGGGGACAAGAAGUUGCCGCCUCUCUUGCACUUUCAGUUGCAUGUUCCAUUCAUGAAGGGGAGAGAAAAUACGAAAGACAUCGAAUUCCAUUUGGUAGAAUGCCCUGUGAGACAGAAAAGACAUAAGAGGUCCUAUCAUGCAGGUAAGAUUGAGGAACAGAAGCAAACCAGCUGGGAUGGGGGCCAUAACGAACGUUUAAAGAACUUUGUCGACAGAGUUUAUGCUCGAUGGAGUUCCCUGCACCAUUCACCCUGUCUGUUUUAUGAGCUAGAGAAGAAGUAUGAAUUUGGUGGGGUUUUCUGCUCCAAGGCCUCAACCUUUGUCCUGACUUCAUAUGACCUAAUUGUGCUUUUAAAAAAACCUUUCAGUGUGUUCCCACUAACGGAUGUUCAUUUUGUUAAUCUGGCGCGGCUUAGAUAUGGGAAAAUUGAUAUGACAGUCAUAUUUCAGGACUAUGGUAAGGAGGACAGUCUGCUGGAAAUCAAUUCAGUUCCCUUAAAGGCGCUUGCUAGCAUAAAAGAUCGCCUUAACGAUGUGAAGUACUAUGUGAACACUAAAAAGCUACACUGGAAGGCCGUACUAAAAGACAUUGCAGAUUUCCCGAAGAAGUUCGUAGAGAAGGGCGGAUGGGAUUACUUUGAACUCGAGGAUUCUAAGACCUUGGCCUAUUACUGCAAAUUCGCGGAAGGCUAACUGGGUGGGUGAUGGAAGCAAUGGGUCAGAUGGCGAAGAAACGAUAGUAAAGCAGGUGAAAGGUUUGAUUUUAGACAAGAAAGUGUAGUGUUUGAAUGUGCAAGCAGUUUUAACUAUAAUGCCAACUUCACAGUAGUGAAGAUGUUCUCCCAGUCUGCAGUUGGUCAAUUUCUUAUUCUUACAAGAAGCAUUUUUUGUCGGUUGAUGAUUCUGUCUUCUAUUACUAAACAUCAUUAGAAUUUUCGACUAGACUCGAAUGUUAUUCCCAUUUUUUGUUUUUAUUUAAGUGAACUCAUGUU